CUCGUGAUAUACCUUGCUGUCAAGCAUUUUCAGUAUAUGGUAGAAGGACGCGAUUUGGUUAUAUUCACUGAUCACAAACCCAUCACUUUUGCAUUUCAGCAGAAAUCGGAUAAAUGCACACCACGACAAUUCAGACACCUAGACUUUAUCUCACAAUUCACCACGGAUAUUAGGUAUGUUCCAGGUAAGCAGAAUAUCGUGGCUGAUACCUUAUCUCACGUUGACUCCUUGUCAGAGACAAUAGACUACACUGCAUUUGCGAUAUCACAACAGGGAGACGAUGAAUUAAAAAAAUACGAAAAAGAAAACACUGGACUACAACUCAAGCAAGUUCAAUUAUCAGGAUUUCGCUAUUGCCUCACAUGUAUCGAUAGAUUUACUCGAUGGACUGAGGUAAUUCCAUUAGAAGAUCAAGAAGCGGCAACCGUAGCACGAGCUUUCUAUACGCAUUGA